AUGUCUAAAGGCAAAGGAUCACCAGGUGUCGAAUCAGACAGAUCAUCUAAAUACAAAACAUCAACUGGAUUACCAAGCACAAGAACCAUUGCUGACGGAGAAAUGACUUUCUUAUUUGAUUCUGUAGAAAUUCUCGACGAAAUUCACAAAUUGAGUGAACGUAUUCAAGAAGGUGCAGUUAAUGAAACUGAUGAACUGGUUAAGAAAUUAGUAAAAAGUGGUGUUCAACUUCUUGCUGAAAACUCAAAAGAACGAUUAGAUGAACAAAGAUUUCCAAUUCGAAUUAUAAUUGAUGGUUUUGAUUCAAACAUAAAAGACAAAGGCAUGCUUCUUGAAAUGAAUGUUUAUCCAUCAACCAAAGUUCAUGAAUUACGAGCAGUUGUAAAUAAAAUGAGUCUUUUAGUAUAUAGUACUGGUCGUAUUCAAUUCAUAUCAAAUGAUGAUGAAGUUCUGGAACAUAAUUAUUCUGAACGAUCAUUAAUUCAAUUAUAUUAUCAUGAUAACAAUACUUAUUCAUUGAACGCUAUUGACAUAGAAAAUAAUAAAGCAGAAAUUUUUAAUAUUCCUCUAACAGAUAGUGGUCAAUAUGAAUUUGGAUCAUCAGAAGAUGAACCUGAUGAAAUCAAAGAUUUGAAUGGAACUUUUCUUUUAUGGUUAAAUUCAAGCUUACGUGAUUCAUUUCAUGAAACACUGUGUGCAGUUUUUGAAAUAUGUUCUCAUGUUGAAUCAUCAGACACAAGUUCGGAAUGUAUGGGCGAUAAUCCUAGUCGUAUCAGUUUUGAUGAAAUGAGUGAACCUGACAUUCCAAAUUCAAUAAAUUGUGAGGCAAAAAAUAUUUCCGUCGUUCCUAGUUCAAAAUAUAGCUAUGAUUUUAUAUUGUCAUUAAGAAUUCUUGUUCAAUUCGAUGGUGAUGAAUAUGGUGUUGAACAACAUGGUGGAACGAUUUCUGUUGACGUUUUUCCAUCAACGACAGUUCGAGAAUUACGUGCAGCUUUCGAACUUGCAUAUCAUUAUUCUCCAUUUAAUCAAUAUUUUUUUGUUAAUGGUAAUUUAGUACAUGAUAAUUCUACGAUGAAAGAUUUACAUGUUGGACCAAAUUCAUUAUUUGUUUUAUUUUUAUUAGAACAUGCAAAGAAAUAUAAGAAUAAUAAUCCAUGGGAAUGUUCUUCUUGUGCAGAAGAAAAUCCACCGUAUAUUUAUAAAUGUGUUGUAUGUUCAGCAUCACGAGUAGAAUAA